AAGGCUGAGUGGGCGUGGCCCCGCGCCUGGCAGGUCUCGCUCAGGGUUCGCGCGCGCGCUGCCGCGGAGCUCAGACCCGCGCGGCGCCGCUGGAUGCUGCAGCCGGACAGCAGCUGCGCUCGUCGGACUCUCAGCGCAGAGAGGAGCCGCUGACGGAGAACCGGAACCGGAACGGGACCGGAGCAUGAGCGCGUGACCGCGGGAGAACCGGGUGACCCCCAGCCUGAAGCGGAUCGCCGGUCCUGCAGGAUGAACGGAUAUGAAGCUCCGCCCCUGGGGGGCUUCUCUUCCUCCAGCGCACACGUCAACGGCCAUGAAGCCCCGCCUCCUGACGCCCGCAGGACCAAAGCCAAGCCCGGUGCCAAAGUUCCGUACGAACCCAGAAAGCGCUACACCAGAACCAGCAUCAACAGCCUGACGGACACGUCUCAGUACCAGGUGGAGCACCUGAUGACCUUCGUUCUGGACCGGAAGGACGGGAUGAUGUCCGUGGACGACGGCGUCCGGCGGCUGCGGCUGCUGGACGCCAAAGGGAAGGUGUGGACCCAGGAGGUUCUGCUGCAGGUGGAGGAGAGGGCGGUCACCCUGAUGGACCUGGAGACCAAGAACGAGCUGGAGAACUUCCCCAUCGGGUCCAUCCAGCACUGCCAGGCGGUGAUGAACUCCUGCAGCUACGACUCCAUAUUGGCUCUGGUGUGUAAGGAGUCGGGUCAGAACAAACCGGACCUGCACCUCUUCCAGUGUGACGACAUCAAGGCGAACCUGAUCCACGCCGACAUCGAGAGCGCCAUGACGGACGCCAGAAGCGGCAAAGCGAAGAAGCGUCCUGAAGCUCUGAGGAUGAUCCUGAAGAGCGACGGUCUGAUCCCGCCCCCUCCCGCUGCGCCUGCUCCAGAACCGCCGGUGCCGUCCGAUCAGCUGGACCUGAAGGGGCGGGCACCGGCCUGGUCGGCGUGGACCAAUGAGCAGCCGGACUAUGAAGGGCUGCAGCUGCUGCCGGACGGCUCGGCGGCGGACGUGUCGGCGCUGCGCGUCGACCGGGAAGUGCAAAUCCUGAACCACAUCCUGGACGACAUCGAGUUCUUCGUCACCAAACUCCAGAAGGCGGCGGAGGCGGCGAGCGAGCUCUCCAAGAGGAAGAAGGCCAAGAAGGGAAAGAAGAAAGGUCCGGGAGAGGGCGUCCUGACGCUGCGCUCCAAGACUCCGGAGGAGGAGGAGUUCGUCGACUGUCUGCAGAAGUUCAAGCACGCCUUCAACCAGCUGGGAAAGCUGAAGGACCAAAUCCAGAACCCCAGCGCCGUGGAUCUGGUCCACUUCCUGUUCUCUCCGCUCAGAAUGGUGAUCCAGGCCUCUGGAGGAGUGGAUCUGGCUCGCAGCGUGGUGGUUCCUCUGCUCACCAGAGACGCCAUCGACUUCCUCCACGCCUCGGGGACGCCGGAGGAGCGCCACCUAUGGGUGACUCUGGGAGACGGAUGGACCAAGAGCAGACUGGAGUGGCCAAAGGAUCAGUUCUUUCCCGCCUGUGAGCUGCGUUUCCGUGACGGUUGGGAACCUCCCGCGUUGCCGUUUGUGUCGGUGAGUCGGGAGCAGGAUCUGACCCAGCUGGCGGAGAGCAUCGUGGCGGCGGACGUCCACAGACGUGAAGACGCUCAGGCGGCGCUGCAGACGUUCCCUCCGGCUGACGGGUACGCCCUCUCUGGCUCCUCCUACAAACGCUUGCAGAUCCUGGAUCAGGGCGCGGCCUUGGCUGCCUUCAAACACGCCGUUAGCCGUGUGGACCGUUUUGACUCGGACAUCAAAGUUCCUCCCAAACUUUUUGCCAAAUCCAAGUACGACUUUGUGGCCAGAAACAACACGGAGCUGACGGUUCUGAAGGACGAGAUCCUGGAGGUUCUGGAUGACAGGAAGCAGUGGUGGAAGGUUCGGAACGGCUUCGGAGCCACCGGCUACGUGCCAAACAACAUCCUGGAGGUGACCAGGGCGGUGGACAGCCGAGGAGAGCCCAUCUACAGCCACACCAUCCAGCUCAUGAUGCCAAAGAAGGAGUUUGAGCUGUUUAAGAAACAGACCACCAGGACGGACCCCCUCCCUACCAAAGCAGCACCAACCCCGGUGCCCCCGGUGCCGACGCCACCGCCCCCCGCCCCCGCAGGGAUCCCCACGCCGCCCCUUCCCCCUCCAGCCAGUGAGCCCGCCAGGCCGCCCCUCAACAGCCACAGCCGCCACAACAGCAGCGCCUCCAGUGAGGUGGGCGCCGGCGCCGCCAUGAGGGAGCAGAGCGAGCAGAAACCCGCCGGCCGGAGGAAAUCCAACAUGGAGGAGGUGCAGGACGAGCUGGUGCACAGGCUGACUUUGGGUCGCAGCACCCAGAAGAAGUUUGCGGCGCCGUCUCGCAGCAGCAGCCUGCCGGGCUUCAGCAUCACCUACGACUCGUCUCCAGAUGAAGUCCGAGCCUGGCUGGAGACCAAAGGCUUCAGCCCAGUGACCAUCAGCAGCCUCGGCGUGCUGACUGGCGCCCAGCUGUUCUCCCUCAACAAGGAGGAGCUAAAGACCGUUUGUCCCGACGACGGCGCGCGAGUCUUCAGCCAGGUCACUGUGCAGAAAGCGGCGCUGGAGGAGAGUUCAGGCUCUGAGCUGCAGGAGAUCAUGAGGAGGCGGCAGGAGAAACUGGCAGCCAGCACCUGCGACUCGGGGGUGGAGUCUUUUGACGAAGGCAGCGCCCACUGAGCUCCAUCAGGCUCCGCCCCCUCACAUCAUCUAACGCUCUCCAUCCUCAGGCCGCGGCCGACCGAGCCGAGUUCGUGGAGAUCAUGCGGCGCCGGCAGGAACUCCUCAGCUCGUCACCAUAGCAACACGCUGACCUCUGACCUGGAAAAAAGCUUCCUUCAAACCUCCAGAGGUUCUGGAGGUUCUGCAGAGAAUCCCCCAAAGCCCGGCAGUAUUAAUGUCACGAUGUUGAAAGUUUUUUAUUUUUCUGAUCGCCAGACGUCUGACCUCUGACCCGGCGAGGGUUUGAUCCCUCAGAGUAAUUCAGAAUAGUUUCAGUUCCUCAGGAACAUUCAUCCGAUGUGAUUGUAGAAGAGAACCGGAGCAAACGGACCUGCUGCUGUAGGAACCCAUUAGAACUUUACAGAACCGAGAAGGUGGCCUGGAGGGGCACCACAGACAUCAGAAGGUUCUGUUCAGGAUCUUAGAACCUCAUUCUGUUCUGAUGGAGAAUGAAACUAAAGCACAAGUUCCUGAGAUAGAUUCUGGGAACGGAUCCGUUCAGAACCAGGAUCUGUUCGGGGCAGGGUGCUGACCCGUUCAUCAAACCAAGCAGGUUUACUGAGUUCUGUGAUGGGCUGAAAGAGGCUCCGCCCUCUCCGGCAGGAAAACUGUCAUUGGUCGUCUUGAUGGAGGAUCCUGAACUGGUUCUGUUGGACUCAGAAGGUUCUGAUCCACUGAUGGUGGCACUUCAUCAUUGAAGUCCAAACCAGAAGUUCUGCUGCUCCAGAACCUGAAGGUGGAGCGGACUCAGUGAGCUGGUGGUGUUUAAGGUCCAGGAAAAGUUCUGCUGUUCGGGUUUGGGUCCAGGUUCAGGAAAUCCAGCAGAACCACAAACUUUUGGUCCACAGAUGUGCUAAAAGAGAGAUCAGCAGACAUGAGGUUCUGAGAAGAAAACAUCAGAGCCACAGUUCUAGAGGUUUGUUCUGAAGAGCAGAAACUUUCUGAAGCAAACACUGGAUCAGAACCGGGAGUCCAAUAAAGACUGCAGUUCUGAACACGUCCAGCAGGUUGACCAAUUAAAACCAGCGGUUCUCUCUGCGCCGUCCUGUAGAGGGCGCCGACAGACCGCUGUUCGGAUCAGAACAAACAGAACCCAGCAGACCCGCGGCGGUUCUGGACGUGACACACUCCCGGUUCCUGAUUGACGCAUUGAUUGUAGCGAUUUCUCCUUCAUGCUUGAUCGUCUGUUAGAAUACAGGAAGUGCUUGCAGCUCCGAGGAGUAGAACCGCAGCUAGAACCAGAACCGUGAUCGUCCCGGUAGAUCCAUGUGCCUUCUCAUGUACAAACAUCCAUCUGCAAUAAAAGUUUUGCAAAGA